UCCCUCCCCCCUCGUGAUUCCACCGCAGCUGCGGUCCGCUGCUGUCUUUUCAGUGGUAACUUUUCCUUAUCAAGGUCAGUAAAACAACCGGUUUUCAACACCGAAUCCCCACCAGUCGCCGUCUUUUGUGUCAUUUUGUGUCACACCACCGUGUUUGUCGUCGCUUUCCAGGCUCGAAAAUGAGUCAUUUCAAGGAGCGAUUUGUGACUUUGCUCCAUGAGAAGAACUUUGUCACCGACCAGCUGGCGACGCUGGAGCAAAAAACGGGAAUGAAGAGAGAAUAUAUCGUCUUGGGUGCCCUGGGUUUGGUCGGACUCUACCUCCUGUUCGGCUACGGGGCAUCGUUGCUAUGCAACCUCAUCGGCUUCGUCUAUCCGGCCUAUUUCUCUAUCAAAGCCAUCGAGAGCACGGUGAAGGAAGACGACACGCAGUGGCUCACCUACUGGGUGGUGUACGGACUCUUCAGCAUAGUCGAGGCCUUCUCCGACAUCUUCCUCUUCUGGUUCCCCUUUUACUACGCGGGCAAGUGCGCCUUCCUCAUCUGGUGCAUGGCUCCCGUCACGUGGAACGGCUCCGACGUCCUGUACAAGCGCCUCAUCCGGCCCUUCUUCCUGAAACACCAGGCCGCCAUGGACGGCGUGGUGAGCGACCUGAGCGCCAAGGCCAAAAGCGUGUCGGAGAGCGUCACGCAGGAGGCUGUUAAUCGAGCUCUCAACCUCAACAAGGACCAGUGAGGAACAUGGGAACGCUAGUUUGUGUGAGAAUGUGUGUAUUUGUGUAUGAAUGAUUGUGGGUUGUUUGUUCAAAGGAAAAAAAAACUAACCAUUAAACACUACCGUGGCUACGAUCAGCACAGUGUGACAAUGUGGGACACAAUCAUCAUGGUUGAAGCAUUCCUGGAAGAUGUUUUGCAUUACUGAGCCAUGAAAACGAAACCCUGCGAUCCAAAUGAUGCCACGUUUGUGUUCCUCUUUAAAAAGCAUGGCUCGCAUCUUUUUUCAUCGAUUAUGUAAUUAUGAAGGCACAAUAAACUGGAAAUUUGAUCAAACUGUCAGACCUUUGUCACUCUGCAUUUUGUGCACCCCUGGUGACAAAAAUUUUAAAUAGUUUUGUUUUGGUUGUUUGAUAUGGCUCAUAGAAGAAGCGUUUUCCUCAGUUUAGUUUUUUUUUUUUUGUUGUUGAAGUUUUUAAAUUGGCAUCCUUACUGAUUUUUGGCCAACCAUUUUAAAAAAUGUGUUUAAAUAGCUCCUGCACUUUUUUAAAUAGCUCAUAGAACUAAAUUUUUGUUCUAUUUUGUAGUCCUCCCCUCAGACUUUUGAAAUUUAAUUUUUCUAUUUCUUUCUGUAUUUUUUACACACUUUCUUGUCUUUUUAUGUUGCUCUUUUUACGAUACAGUAUAUUGUGUUUUAAAUUUUUUAUUCUAUUUAUUUUUGGGCGUGCAUUCUAUAGCCCCCCCCCCCCCCCCCAACACAGUUCGGCAGGCCAACACAUCCACCACUUGAUCCUUUUAAGGCGUCCCGUCAACCUCCUCACCCCCAAGCCUUGAGAGCACAUUUACGGCGCCUUCAGUCGGCCUAACUGCCCGGACGCUAAUUUGUUUUUGGUUGAAUUCACGCUCGAAAGGCCUUCAAUGAGAAGCCCUUUUGUGCCGGGCGCUCUGCGGAGAAUGCGCAAGAAUAUGUCCAGCCAAGCAUCAUGUGCACACCACCGUGUGUGUGUUUUGUCAUUUUUGCCUUGGCUGUUGACCCCAAACUGACCUGUUUUAUUCCGGAAGCAUGACUAGUUACUGUGACAAAAAAGAUGGGGAGGGGGGUGGGGAUUGGCAUGUUUUUUUUAUUUAUUUUGUUCAAGGAGCUUAUUUGGUGUUUUCACAUUUGGAAAAAUAAUUUCUUUUCCCUCGCCUCUUCGUGGCUUGACACUUGUAGAUAUACCUAUUUGCAGAUUAUUUUUUGGAAAAAAACAAACACUUUAAUUGUAUUGAAAUGACGCUUAAUUAAAAAAACGUGGUCAAUAAAUCUGUUGCAUCUAUUGGA